AUGUCCGGAGCGUCUACACCGUCCUCUACGCUCCCGUUCGGCACAGCGUCGGCGUACGCCGACUCCUUCCCUGCGCCCGCCCCGAAGGAGCUGACGCUUGGGGCUGAGACGUGCUUCAACCUCUCUGUGUUCAAGGCAGGUGUCGUCCGACAGUACAGGAAACUCGAUGACCAGGUUGUCACUCGUUUGAACCGCGCCCAGGCCCAGCUCCGUGACGAGGUCAGGCAGGGCAAGGGCGACAGUCCUGAUGGCAUGUGCGCGAAGAUGUGGGCCGAGAUGAUGACGGGCUGGCUGAACCGGCAAAAACUCCUGACCUACUGCCAGAACACGGUUGCGCAGAACCUGAAAAUUGCGCAGGCAGUGCAGGCCGAGCAGACGCAGGUGGCUGCCGUCCCCGCGUCGCACGACACGGCGCCGACCUGGGGUCACGCAGGCAAGGACGGGGCCUACCCGCGCGGCGUGAGCGAGAACCAGGUGCUGGCGGACCAGCUGGCCAACGAGGCGACGGUUGAGGCCAUUGUCCGCAAGAGGACGCUUGAGGUGUUCAAGACUCGAUGCCCGUUCUUCAACCCGAACGCCAAUGACCAGGGCUGGUGGGAGAUUGCCGACGCGGGCCGCGCCGGCGCCCCCGGUACCCCUACCACUGUGCCCAAGAACUAG